AUGAGUCCAGUUGCGGACGGGACAGUGUGUGUGCGUGGUGAGGUCACUGUUUGGCGCGGUGACAUCACGAGCGCUGCAGCAGCAGAGGAGCACGAGGACGGAGCAGCUGCACACGCACUGCAGCCCGUCACCAUGGCAACAGAGGCAGAGGAGGCAGAGUCUUUGGUUGAAGCCGCCGCCCACCCCACACCUUCAAAGGGGGAGGUGUGUGCUGGCAGCUCAUUGGCCGAUGACUCGUCCAGUCAGCAGUCUUCUUUCAGUCACAUGACACGCUCUCCUCCAAUCAGAGUGCUCGGGUUCAGGACCAUGCAGUGUCGUGUCGCUUUAUUAGACGGAUCAGAGUUCAGCUGUGUCCUGGAGAAACGCUGUCGUGGAUCGCUGCUGUUUGAAAAAGUCUGUGAACACAUAAAUCUGCUGGAGAGGGAUUAUUUUGGUCUGUUCUUCAGAGACCAGGACAACAACAAGAACUGGCUCGAUCCGGUCAAAGAGAUGAAGAAACAAGUACGAGGAGUUCCCUGGUCGUUCUUCUUCAGUGUCAAGUUCUAUCCUCCAGAACCCGAGCAGCUGUGUGAAGACCUGACCCGGUACCUGCUGUGUCUCCAGCUGCGUGAUGACAUCAUCAAGGGGCGCCUGCCAUGCUCUGCCCACACCGCCACAGUGUUGGGCGCCUACACCGUCCAAUCAGAGCUGGGGGACUUCAACCAAUCGGAGCACGGUGGGUGGAAUUAUUUGGCAGAUCUCAGUUUUUCUCCAAAUCAAACAAAAGAAAUGGAAGAAAAAAUCAUGGGACUGCACCAGAGACUAAGAGGGAUGUCUCCGUCUGAAGCUGAGGGUCAUUUUCUCCAAAACGUGAAAAAACUGUCGAUGUUUGGAGUGGACCUUCACCAGGCUACGAUGGUCGGUAGCAGAGUUGAAUGUUUAUCCACUAAAACUGAGGACUCGGGGGGCGUGGCCAUCACUCUGGGUGUGUGCAGUAGUGGUCUCCUGGUUUACAGAGACCGACUCCGGAUCAACCGCUUCAGCUGGACCAAGAUCCUUAAGAUCUCCUACAAGAGGAACAACUUCUACAUCAAGGUCCGACCAGGAGAGAUGGAGCAGUUUGAGUCGAUCAUUGGCUUCAAACUCUUGAACCACAGAGCGGCAAAACGACUGUGGAAAGUGUGUGUGGAGCAUCACUCCUUCUUCAGGUGCCUUAGCGCAGAAGACAACCCCAGGCGCUUUGCCCUCGGCUCCAAGUUCCGGUACCAGGGCCGGACUCAGGUCCAGAGCCGUCGAGCCAGUGCCCAGAUCCACAGACCAGGACCUCAUUUCCCACGAUGCAUCAGUCGACGGAGCAUGCUCAGUCGCAGCCUGGACGGAGAUAUGGGGCGGGACCUGUAUGCCGCCUCGAGGUCCAUCGCCGGCAGUGACCUCAUUGCUGCAGUGACAAUAGAAGACCCCGUCACCAUAGUAACCAUGGAGCAGAGGGCGGAGAUAGAGACCAGGAAGGAGGCGGAGUCUGAGAGCACAGGGGUGGAGCCUGAUGAAGAAAGGGUGGCGCCUGAGACGGAGCUUGAGGACACGGGGGCAGAACCUGAGGAGGUGCAGAGCCCGCCCACUCAGAGACAGGACACAAAGACCGAGCUCAGCGACACUGCAGACGGAGAAUUAUCCAACACAGAGUCUGAUGAGGACUUGAAGACUCAGGAGGCUCUGAGCCCCACAGAGCUGCAGGCCCAGGUCCAGAUGAGGUCCCAGGUCCAGUCCCAGGUCCAGAUGAGAUCCCAGACUCAGACCCAGGCCUCCUCCAGGCCUGCUCUCAGGACUGUGUCCGCUCUGCGAAGGUCGUUCCUGGAGGAGGACAGUCCGAGCUCAGGUCUCUCAGAGUGGGACCGACGUCUGGCUUCAUCUCCUGUGAGGAUCCGAGAGGACUCCCCCAUGAUCACCCCUUUGAGGCCGGGUACAGACCAGGACCAGGGUACAGACCAGGGCCAGGACCAGAGAGGAGCACCCCAUCCACAACUCAAGAACAGCUCUGAAGACACGCCCCCAAUGAUCCAACCUCUGGAUCCUCUGACUGAAGUGCCAUCUCUCAGAUCAACUGAGAAAAAUCUUCUGAGAGAACUGAACCUGUACAAGACCUCGGAGACGCUGGAGCAUGUGUUUCUGGCCCCGGAGUCAUGUGACGCUCAGGUACAGACCCCGCCCCCUCUGCUGCAUGCUAACAGGCUAACAUUGACACAGGAAGUGAGUGAAGAGGAGCUGAGCGACAGCGAUGAUGUCAGCGACGAUAUCAGCGAUGAUGUCAUCAGUGUGCUGAUGCAGGUUGCUGCGGACGACACCCUGGACGCUAACACUAACGAGGCUAAUGAUGCUAGUUAUGCUAACACUGGUAAUAAGGACAGAAAUUAUACUUACGAAGCUAGCAACGAUGCUAUGGAGGAUAACAAGAGGUCCACGCUACGGAUAUCUGAACAUUUCUAUGACAAUGAAGAGGAAAGAGCCAAUCAGGAUGCAGAGUUGGAGAUCCCGGUGGUGAGACAAACUCUGACCUACGAACCUGCAGAGUCCCAGAGGAAGUCUGGCUCUGGACUUGAUUCAGCUCUAGUCUUAAGUUCUCAAACCUUCACGUCUGAAACAGCGGUCUCCACGGCAACAACACACAUCACCAAGAUGGUCAAAGGGGGCGUGGCCCAGACGCGGAUCGAAAAGAGGAUCGUGAUUUCGGCUGACGUCGACCAAGACCAGGACUGA